CUAACACACAAGCAAUGGCAGAGCCUAAAAGUCAAAUUAAUAGAUCCAUUCACUAUGUAUUUUCUUAGAAUUCUCAUUAUUGGUGUCUGUUGGCAAAGGAUAUGUUUUGUAAUUAGUGGUAGAAUUUAGUGGUGUAAGAGACAAGAUCAUUCUAGGUAGUAGGAUGUUCUUGUUUUCGUAGUGGUGAAAAAUGUAACAUCAGAUUGAUUCGGGUAGCAUAAAAUCCUUCUAAAUGUUUCUGGGUGAUACUAGAUUCCAGUAUUAUAUGUGGGAUGAAAAUUUUGUAAAGUUGUAAUCAAUCCUGUUAUCAUUAGAUUUGGAUAAUGAAAAGUUGAACCUGAGAUGUUACAAGAAAAAAGAAAAAAAGUUGAACUUGAGCCAAAAAAAAUAAAAAACACACACACAAGCAUACUCGUUCACAUAUACUCGAUGCACAUUAUAAAUCAACUCAGAAAUAUAAAACAUCAAAUACACAUUUAAGAUCGUUAACAACAAAUGAAAGCCAUCAUCAUACUCAAGAUCUGCUAACCUUCAAGUCAAUUAUUGGAGAGUAUAUUUAAUUUACAAUAUUCCUGAUAUUAAAAUAGUCGGUUAACCAAGAAUAACUAAGCAUGAUAAUUAGAACUUUUGCUAUCCUUUUGUUUGUAUCUUCCCUUCCACAACUUUCCUUGUCUCUGCCAUGCACAUGCUAUCUUCUCCUCUCACUCCAAUGAUUACAGAGGACAGCCUCAGCAGCCUAACAACUUUCACCACCAUCUAAUGUUCCCACAUUAACAAUUUAACCCACCUAAGAUUCUUCUCUUUUGAACUGUAAAACUCACUCUUUUUAUAAAUAUUCUUUAAUUAAAUCUCUCAUCAUUACUUUCCCUCUUUCUUCUUCUUCCAUCUCAGUAACAAAAGUCACCGUCUUCUCUUUCCUCUCUCCCACUUUGAUUGAUCAAUCAUUCUUCUUCAUUUCUACUUCUCUGCAUUCUCAUUUCCUUUUCCACGCAAACAGUACCCAUAAUUCGUUAAGCUCUUUGCUUACAUUUUCCUGGAAAAUUCAAAUUCCUUGUUCCAAGUAUAACUUCAUAAUCGCCAGUUACUUGGAUUCUGAAGAAUAAUCACAUAGAAAAUAAAAAAUCUCAACUUUCCCGGAAAAUCUCUCAGUUUCCCGGAAAAUCUAUCAAUGUCAAAGCAACUUUCUUUCUGAUUCAGAAGCUCAUUAGUCAUCUGGGUUAUCUUCAGAAAAUCUGAAACCUCAGUCAAUCGCGUGGAGAUGGAGAAGCAAACCUUAAAGUACUUACCUUUGGGUCAGAGCGAUCCCUUUGGCAAUGGCAACGGCAACGAAGGAACCAUCGGCGAUCUCCUCGGCAGAUUCUGCAACCCUCAAGAGUCCUUCUCCCCUGGGAUCCGGUUCCCGCCUUAUCCGGGUCAAUUCGGAUCCGAUCGCGAGAGCAACAAGAGCUCUCUCUUGGAUCCAGAUUCAGAUCGUGUUCCGACAACGAAACCGAACUCCAGGAAGAGAAAAUCGAUCCCUGUCGGAAACGGCAAGGACUCUCCAGCUUCGUCGUCUCUUACCGCUUCCCAUUCAAAGGUUUCAGGAGAGAACGUUGUAUCGAAAGAUGGGAAGAGAAGCAAGCAGGAUGAAGCUGGGAGCAGUAAGAAGGUAAUAGACAAGUGUGAUGAUAGUAAAGGAGACAAUAAGGACGAUGCAAAGCCGACCAAAGACUACAUUCAUGUUAGAGCCAGAAGGGGUCAGGCAACCGAUAGCCAUAGUCUCGCUGAAAGAGCGAGGAGGGAAAAGAUCAGCGAGAGGAUGACAAUGCUUCAGGAUCUUGUUCCUGGUUGUAACCGGAUCACAGGGAAAGCUGUCAUGCUUGAUGAGAUUAUCAACUAUGUUCAGUCCUUGCAGAGACAAGUCGAGUUCUUGUCCAUGAAGCUGGCUACUGUAAAUCCGAGGAUGGAGUUUAAUGCUAAUGCUGCUUUAUCCACAGAGAUGAUUCAACAGGGGGAGUCGUUAACGCAGUCUCUUUACGCAAUGGCUUGCUCAGAGCAAAGACUUCCAUCAGGAGGAUACUAUUCUCUUACCAAGAACAUGCCUAGAUUCUCAGACACUCACUUGCCCUCGAGCGACGGAUUUGUCCAAGCUGAGACACAGGGAUUCUGGGAAAAUGAUCUGCAAAGCAUUGUUCAGAUGGGUUUUGGAGAUAUCCAGCAACAACAGAGCAACAACAACUGUUCUGAGCCAACACUACAGAUGAAGCUUGAGCCAUGAUUAAGAAGGUGUUUGUUAUUGUAUCUCUCUGUACAUACAGAAACCAAGUAGUGAUGGGUACGGAGUAGAGACAAUGUGGGAACUAAUGUUUACUAUCCUUUCUUUUUUGCUUUUGCAUCUGUUGAUUUCUUCUCAAACCCCAAAAACAACACAAAAAAAAUUCUUCAUAUUAUGUAUAAAAAUGACAAGAAUCUUUUAUGGACAAUUUAUGUAUUAUUUACAGUUGUAAUGUAUUGUUAGAGCA